CUUUAUUUCUCCAACUCUCUCCUUCAAGACACUACUGGUCCCUAUCCAAGCAAGCAGAGCUCUGAGCUAACCACGGCUGAAGAAGAAGAAGAAGAAGAAGAUGGGGGGUGCUUGUAAUUUGGCAAGUAGUCCACAACUGCUCCUGCAAGUAUCCAUCAUUUGUUCCAUCACUCUCAUUUCCUUUGGACUUGCAGCUUCUGCUUCAGCUAAGCUCCACUCCCAAGAAGUUAGGGUAUUAAGAGAAAUAGGGAAGAAGCUGGGGAAGAAGGACUGGGAUUUCAACAAGGAUCCAUGUAGUGGAGAAGGGAAUUGGAGUAUUUUGGAUGAGAGGAAAGGGUUCGAGAACAGUGUCACUUGUGACUGCUCUUUCAACAACAAUUCCUCUUGCCACCUAGUAAGCAUAGCUUUAAAGUCUCAGAAUCUAUCGGGAAUCAUUCCACCGGAGUUUUCCAAGUUUCGCUACCUUAAACAACUGGAUCUUAGCCGCAAUCUCUUCACUGGUGUUAUACCUCCCCAAUGGGGUACCUUGCGCUUGGAGGAGUUCUCUGUUAUGGGGAAUCGGUUGUCUGGGCCAUUCCCGAAAGUCCUCACCAACAUGACCACCCUCAGAAACCUGAGUAUUGAAGGAAAUCAUUUUUCAGGACCCAUUCCACCUGAAAUUGGAAGACUGAUCAAUUUACAGAAACUUGUUUUCUCCUCAAAUGCAUUGACAGGAAACUUGCCUGCAGAACUUGGCAAGUUGGUCAACUUGACAGAUGUGAGGAUAAAUGAUAAUAAUUUCUCAGGAAAGCUACCUACUUUCAUCAGUAAAUGGACAAAGGUUCAGAAACUGCAUUUACAGGGUACCUCUCUUAAGGGGCCCAUACCUUCUAGCAUUGCUUCCUUGACCAAACUAAGUGAUUUGAGGAUUAGUGACUUAACAGGAAGAGGGUCUCCCUUCCCACCACUGAGUGAUAUGGAAUCCAUGAAAACAUUGAUAUUGAGAAACUGCUUAAUAUAUGGAGAGAUCCCAGAAUACGUUGGGCAGAUGGAAAAACUGAAGCACUUAGAUGUCAGCUUCAAUAACCUCAGAGGAGAAAUUCCUUCGACGUUUAUCCAACUGGCAAGAAUAGAUUUCCUGUACUUGACAGGAAACAAGCUCACUGGGUCUGUUCCUCCAUGGCUUCUGGAAAGAAACAAGAAUGUGGAUCUUUCUUAUAACAACUUCACCUGGCAAAGCUCAAGUCCAGAUGAAUGUGCACGAGGGAGCGUGAACAUAGUGGAGAGCUUCUCGCCGUCAACAAUUAAAUCAAGUAAAGCCCAUUCAUGCCUGAAACAAAACUUUCCGUGUUCUGCUUCCCGAAAUCAACAGCACUAUACCUUGCAUAUUAACUGUGGAGGUAAUGAGAUAACUGUCGAUGGCAACACCACUUACCAAGAUGAUAAAGAACCAAGGGGUGCUUCUAUGUUUUACUCCCAUCCAAGCCAAGAAUGGGCGUUUAGUAGCACCGGCAACUUCAUGGACGAUGACAGUGAGGCAGACGCCUAUACUAAAACCAACAAGUCUGCUAUAUCCAAUGUCUCUGCUACCAUUGCACAACUAUACACAACAGCGCGUGUUUCUCCCCUUUCUCUCACUUACUACGGACUUUGCCUCAUGAAUGGGAAUUACACAGUAAAACUUCACUUUGCUGAGAUUAUUUUCACAAAUGACAGUUCAUUAACUAGUCUUGGGAAGCGUAUAUUUGAUGUUUACAUCCAGGGAAAGUUGGUCCUGAAAGAUUUUAAUAUUGAAGAUGAGGCUGGAGGUGUUGCCAUACCCCUUGUAAAGACAUUCAUUGCAGCAGUAACACAUAAUACAUUAAAGAUCCGCUUGUAUUGGGCUGGAAGAGGGACAACAGGCAUACCACUUAGAGGAAUUUAUGGUCCUCUAAUAUCAGCUAUAUCGGUAGACCCGAACUUUAAACCACCUUCAAAUGGUAGCAAAAGGAAUGUAGUAAUCAUAGUGACUGGAGCAGUAGCUGGAGCAAUUUUCCUUGCCUUUCUGGUACUAGGUGUCAUGUGGAGAAAUGGCUGGCUUUGUGGCAAAGCCGCUGCAGAUAAAGAGCUUAAAGGCCUAGAUCUGCAAACAGGACUAUUCACGCUAAGACAGAUGAAAGCUGCCACCAAUAACUUCGAUGCGGAAAACAAAGUUGGGGAGGGUGGUUUUGGUUCUGUUUACAAGGGUUCACUAUCAGAUGGAACCGUGAUUGCAGUCAAGCUACUCUCCUCAAAAUCCAAGCAAGGAAAUCGUGAAUUUGUGAAUGAGAUAGGAAUGAUAUCUGCACUGCAACAUCCGAAUCUUGUAAAGUUGUAUGGAUGUUGUGUUGAAGGAAACCAAUUGAUGAUUGUAUAUGAGUACAUGGAAAAUAAUUGCUUAUCCCGUGCUCUUCUCGGGAAGGAAUCCAAGUUCAGAAUGAAACUGGACUGGCCUACCAGGCAGAAAAUUUGCCUAGGUGUAGCUAAAGGUUUGAUGUACCUACAUGAAGAGUCAAUAAUAAAAAUUGUGCAUAGGGAUAUCAAAACUAGCAAUGUGUUGCUUGAUAAGGAACUCAAUGCCAAGAUUUCUGAUUUUGGUUUGGCAAAGCUAAAUGAAGAUGACGAUACCCACAUCAGCACUCGCAUUGCUGGAACCAUUGGUUAUAUGGCUCCUGAGUACGCAAUGCGUGGCUACUUGACCAACAAAGCAGAUGUUUAUAGCUUUGGAGUUGUUGCUUUGGAAAUUGUCAGUGGAAAGAGCAACACAAACUACAGGCCAAAGGAGGAGUUUGUUUACCUUCUUGAUUGGGCCUAUGUUUUGCAAGAGAGAGGAAGUCUUUUGGAGUUGGUCGAUCCAGAAUUGGGGUCAGAGUAUUCUUCAGAAGAGGCUAUGGUGAUGCUAAAUGUCGCUCUCUUAUGCACCAAUGCAUCCCCAACUCUUAGACCGACAAUGUCUCAAGUUGUGAGCAUGCUCGAAGGCCGAACUCCAGUUCAGGACCUUCUUUCUGAUCCUGGGUUUUCAGCAAUCAACACAAAAUACAAGGCUAUAAGAAACCACUUCUGGCAGAAUCCAAGCCAAACCUAUAGCAUGUCUAUAAAUGAGUCGUACCGUACUGAUUCCACAAGCUCAGGCGUAGAACCAGAAGAUGCCGGCCGUCUUCUGAGAGUUAGUUCGGUAAAAUCUAAUUCGUAAAUGCUAUAUCAUAGGCAUUAUCUUGAACUAAAUUGCAGAGGUGGGAAAAGUCCCAGCGUAUAUUCUUUGUUUGUAACAUAGCUAGUCUCAUCUUUGAACGAAUUCUCUUGAAGUUUGUUUCAACUGGUAAGCAUUGCAAAGAGAAAUUGAGCGGAUACUACUGACAGGAGUCGCAGGGCCAGAGCAUAGCCAGAGCAUAGAUGGAACAUAGAAUGAUGCUAUAAUCCCAAAACGAGAGCCCGGGUCUCUUAAAUAAAUUUAGAGUUAUUUAGGGUUUAUGCAAAUAUUACCUUAAGAUUAGAUAUUUUUUUUUACUUUGAAUAUUUGCUUCAAGGUUGACUUGUUGUAAAUUAUAAAGUGUUUAAUUAUUCAGCUUCUAAUGAUAA